AUGAAUGAUACGUGUAACCUGAAGGAUGAAAUCGUCGACAGAUUACGGAAAAAUGGUACUCUUGAUCGGAUUCAGGCAGAAUUAAGAUCGGCUAUUUAUUUGGCGAUAGAAAAUGAUACAAAUGAUAUCUGUGUACGAGAAAUCGAUGCCAAUAAAACUGCGGCGUUUUCGAUAAUCUACCAUUAUCUUCGUGAAAAUCGCCUUCUUGCCACAGCUGCAGUUUUCGAAAAAGAAUGCCGGGAGGUAGGUCCGAUUGUGAUUUUGAAUCCUGAAAAACUGAGAAAUAAUGCCACAUUUUUCAUAAAAACGGAUGCAAACGAACGAAUGGAAUUGAAUUCGAUAAGACGACAAAAAACAAUAGAGCCGCAUGCAAGAAAUUCUUCUAUGGAAAAAACCGAUGAAAAGUCAAUCAAAUCAGCAUUUGAUAGAACAAGAGAUGGCACCGUGGAAACACCAAGUAGUGCAUCGUAUAGCACCAGAAUACCAGAUCCAGCACCGGAAAUAAAAAAAACAUCAAUAAAUGAUAAGGAAACUCAGAAUGAUCCAUUAAUAUCCAAGAAUGACACUACUGUAAAUGUCGAGCGAAAACCAUUUCAAGAAAAAGAUAUUCUAAAAAAAACAACUAAAUAUGACGAAUUCUUGGUUCAUAAAGAAGAACCGACAAUAGAAGAAUCAAAACAAACAUUAAAGAAUGAGGAAAAGACAAAAACUUUAGAAAGUAAGGAAAAUAAGGCGGAUUUUGACUGGAAAUUGGAGGCGUAUACUCCGAAAUUUCCGAAUUCGAGGAUAACUCAAAUGUAUUCGAAGCUAAAGAACAGUCAAGUACCAACCAACAAAACAUCGAGUGAUUCGGAAACUAGCAGUUUUGAAAGUUCCAUGACGAAAACUCCUCCUUCAAAAGCGACUCCCUCAAAAAUAGUUUUGCCAAGAAAGCUACCAUUGUUGCGCGAAGCAAAUCCCAGUACAACAACAAAUUUGCCAACGAUUACUGCAAAAGAUUCGCUUGCAUCGAAAUCAUCCACUCAACUAUCUAAAAAAUUUGACGCAAUCUUGCAUCAAAGUUCCACAGAAGAAAAAGAUGUCGAAGAAGAUAUCGCAAUUGAAGAACUCAUAGAACCAAAUGACGAUGAUGAUAAAAGCAUAUCAUUUUGA